UUCAUCACUUAACUCUUAGAGAGUUAACCUUAGGCAGGACAAUUUUUUGCAGUGUAAGCCGAUUUCUAGAUUUUCUCCAAUUUCAAAUCAAAACACCAGCUUUAAUUAAAACCAAGCAUGCGCUCGAACCAGUUCCUCUGCUUCAUUAACAUUUUAACUGGCUUAGAGCUGAGGCAAAACAGUCAUUUGUUUACCACAUAAAACUUGUUUGGAAAUAUUUAAAUCGCGUAACAAAUUAGUACCACGCGAACGCUAACUGUGAUAACAACAUUUUUUACCAGCUCAUUAAUUGCCGUUAAGGAGUGCCAGAGAAGUAUAAACAUUGAAAACAGAAAAUGCCCAGACCUUUUUCACGCGAAUGUCUCAGUGCGCACGAUCAACAAGUACUCGAUUCCAUUUUCAACCCGCUCGAACUCACCUCGAGUGCGCCGCAAACCAUUGCAUCAGACGCAGCAGCUGAAUUGGUGGACAUAGAGCAGGACAGCGAAGCAGUGCAGCAAUCAAAAGCGCUGGAAGUGUGUGCCAUUAAAUUAGCGGAGGAGGGCAAAUUGUCCGAGGCGCUGCAAGCUUUCGAGCAGGCUCUCGGUGUGGCACCAGCACGUGCUUCCGUUUAUAAUAACCGCGCACAAGCGCUACGCCUCUCUGGCAGGGAUGAAGAAGCGCUCACCGAUCUCAACCAAGCUCUUGAGCUGUGUGCCGCACAACCCCGCACCAAAUGUACCGCGCUCUGUCAACGAGGCGUUCUUUAUAGAAAACAAAACAAUUUAGAUGCAGCGCGUAGAGACUUCGAAGAUGCCGCCGAAUUGGGUAGUGAAUUCGCCAAGUCCCAGCUGGUCGAGAUCAAUCCUUUUGCGGCACUUUGCAAUCAGAUGUUGCGUCAGGCAUUCGAUCAAUUGAAGUAGAAUUUAUUGGUUCAGCGGCAGUUGGAGAAUUUCGAAUAUUCGAAAAUACAAAUAAAUAUGUUUAAAUAUGUUUACCAAUAUAUACUUCAGCAAGAAGAAGCACAAAAUGAAGAAAUUAACUAUUUUAAUUACAUAAUGCGAGUGUUUAAACAGAAGCAAAUUAAA